AUGAGUGAGAACUACGAUCCGCGUGUGAACAUCACACUGGUGGAUAACUACGAUACGGUUUGGCUGUCACAGAGAGAUGCAGCUCUAAGAGUUCCCAUCAACUUUGUUACCACUCCAGGCGUGUCACUUACAGCCGCUUGCUUCAGUGAUAAUCGGUAUGCUGAUGAUGCUACGGGAGACUGUCUCUCGAAUCUCUUAGCCGUCGGAUUCCGCAGGUUUGAGAUAGACUUGUACUGGGACGAAGGGCGUAGUGUCUGGUCAUUCUGUCCCGUUGCUAUUCCGGAUUCGAUUUCAGAUCUAUCGACUCCAACGACAGUUUCAAGUAGUUCUGCUUCACCAACUAUUCAAUCAUCAAAUCCAACGACCUCUUCAUUCGCAAUAUCGAUAGGGACCUCUCCUACCAACCCAGUCCUGAGAGCUCGGCAACUUACUCCAGACACCCCAUUAGACGUUCCCACCAGCACUACCGCUGCAUCGGAAAAGGCAGCGAGCUCUCUUGGGGACGUCAUCCCUAGCGUCUCAGCUAUCCCGAACUUCUCCAACCAGCCCACAAUUGCCAUUGGACCCUACGUCUGCACUAACACCAUCAACCUCUCCGUAUUGUUUUCUCUCUUUUCAGACUACAUACAGAAGACACAAAGAACUCUUGAAGCCCAACUCAUAUACAUAAUCCUCAACAUCCACGCCGCAGCAUCCUUUGAAUCGCCUGGCUCUCCCGCCCCAGAACCUUCAGUCCUACCUCGUGGUCCACAAUUAUUGGGAAACCAGUUUAUUAGCAAUCUAUCUGAGUAUAUCUACUCGGACUCGGAUCUAUUUUCGGAUCGGGCGAAUCUGAACAGUACUUGGUUCCAGGUCAAUGAGGAGUUCAAGAAACCUGCUGAAGGUUACUACGGGAUGGUGGAAAACGAUAACGGGAUCCUGACUACGGACGAUGGAUGGCCGUCAGAAGCAUACAUCACUUUUGCACAGAGUAGAAGAUUGCUUGUUGGCUGGGGAACGAUCGAUCCGCAGAUGGCUGGUUACAAUUUCAGUGGAGACUCAGGGACCAUCUUCAACGCAGGUUUCAUCAACGAUGUCCAGACGGACGUGAAUGCAACUGCUGAUGGGCAGUUGACCAGUGGAUGCUUCAUCCGCAAUGAUACGAAAAAUUUGGAAUCGAUAAAUUCUUCUUGGGCGGUUGCAACAAACCUCUUUGAAUUUACGUAUCCAACGAUAGCGUCAGCUGAUCUCACACCUCUUCUCAGUCUAACGCAUAAUAUAACAAACUGCGGCAUCUCUCCGCAUCUGAAUAGUACUCUCCUCAAUUCCACCGCCGAGCUCAACUUCCAAGCCUAUGAAAACUUCACCCAGGCAACGAUAUGGUCCUGGGCCCCCGGCGAACCGCGCACCUUCCCCCCAGAAUCCCCCACAGACGAAAUAUCAUCAAACUCUAUGUUCCGCUGCGCCAUCUCCAACAAAAAUCUCCUCGGCUGGGUCGUAGAAGACUGCUCACAGAAACGACAUGCGGCUUGUCGAGCUCGUGGCCAACCAUACAACGUGCGCGCCACCUUCAUCUCUCCCCCCGCCUCCGUUCCAAUUGUCCUCGCUUGCAAACGCGAUGUCUCAGAAUGGACCCUCGCCAACGUUCGAGUAUCCUACUCCUUCGCCGACGAAAAUUGCCCAGAUGACUACGAUUUCGCAGCCCCCCGCACAGCUUUAGAAAAUGCGUACCACCGAGAUUUGGACGGUCAUGGGGCCUGGAUUGAUUUCAACAGCCUCGACAUCCAAGGUUGCUGGACGAGCGGCGGUCCGAACGCAACUUGUCCUGUCCCCGCCAUAGGCGCCGUCCUAGUCCUCGUCCUCUUCACUAUCUGGCUCGAGCUGAAAUGCUACGGAAACCGACGCACCAGCCGCCGGAGCCGCCGCCGCCGGAGGAGAGCCGGUGGGGUUGUGAUUUAUGAGGGCGUGCCAUCAUGA